GAAAGGUCAACACAUUCUACGACUCAGGCUAGGCUCAACAUGAAGACUAAGAUUGUACUACUUUGGAGUUUGGCAGUCUGUGUGUGUACAAGUUUCACAUCAGUGGGAGGUGAGUUUAUACUGACAGUCAACUUGGUCAACUACACCAACCCAACCGGACUGUGUGCUGAAUGUGCUAUUACACUGAGUGAUGUAACAAGUGCUGACCAUUUAGUACCAGUGUGUUGUGAUGAGCUACCAUUUAAAUCAGGCAACUGUGACAACACAGGAGAGGAGAGAUGUGACACCAGGUUCCAUUGGAUCAUCAGACCAUUCGGUGCAUCACUAGAGACAAGACCCAGCAUGGGGUACUUCUUCACAGAUUGUACAAUGUCCCCCAGCACCUGCCCAUUCAGUGAAAUGAGCACAAGAUUUGGUCAAGGUCCAACAGCACUACUGGGAGUAACAGAAAAUCCUCUACCUGUUUCAAAAACAGAUAUUACUGUAUGGACAGGGCAGAUUCAGUUUCUUAUAGAAGCUGUGGAUAGUGGACUACCAAACAGAAUAGACAGUUUGUUAAUUGACCUGGACAACCUCCAGCUUGGAGCAGACUUUACAGAGGAGAUGACGUUCACUGGAUUCCACAAUAUAUCUCACAUGACCAUGAGUUUCAGAGUCGAGUGCUCUCUUGGUUUCUGUGGACCUGACUGUAAGACCACACCUCUGAACAAUCUACGAGUGGCGACAUGUCAAGCUGAUGGCACUCUAACAUGUACUGAUAACCGAUUAGACCCUUCACCUCUUGUAGCCUGCAACGACUGCCUCUACAACCUGGAUAUUACUACUGGCUGCUCCACUUGCGUACAGAUCAACUAUGACCCAAUCACCAACUGUACAGCCUGCCUUCCUGGAUACAAUAUUGACCAAAGCUGCUCAACAUGUAUCAGUACAAACUUUAAUCGUGAUACAAAUUGCUUUACAUGCGUGAAUAAUCGCGAUCUCGGCUCCAGCUGCUCCACUUGUUUGCCUGGAUAUGAUAGUAACCGUAACUGUACAGUGUGUCUAUCUGGACAAAACAUAUCUACAAGAUGUACCACCUGUCUGUCUGGACUCACUGGCAGUAACUGUGAACCUGUACUAAUUACAGACUCUUCACUAAGUGUGGGAGUGGUGGGUGGUAUCGCUGGAGGAGUGGGUGGAGUUUUGCUGCUUAUCAUUCUAGUGAUGGCCGUGCUCCUCAUCCUACUUACAGUCCAUAUCAGAAAGAGUGGUAACCAAGACAUCAGUACUGCCACUACUACAGAUAAAGAAGUUACAGAAGUUAUGGAAAUGAAUCAAAAUCCCAUGUACAGCAUGAGUACAACUGAAACACCAACUACGGACCACGAAGCCAUACAAACACAUCCUAACAUAGUCUACGGGAUGAACACUGAAGCUAACCACACCCACCAGUACGAGACUGUGGACACACCCAUUGAAAUGAAUCAGAACCCUGUGUACAGUGCAACCAAUGCUACUAAUAUUGAAGCUGACAGCUAUGAGAAUGAUGGUCUGGGCCCAACAAGAAAUGAGCAGCAACCGGAAUACGAUUAUAUUCAAGUGUGAAUCAACAUUCACAACCUUUAGCUAUGUACACAGACACGAGAAUAAACACGUUUUACUGUCAUUGUGAUUACUAUAAUAAUUGGCUAUAUAUACUGGGGGUAUACGUUCAACA